AUGUCAAUUGCAAAGUAUCAGUGGAAAAAUUAUCGAGCGAAACCAAUUAACAAGAAAAUUGUGCGUUGUUUUUUCUAAUCCGCAGAUGAUGUGAAGAAAACGGAGGUUGUGAAAAAGAAGGUGAAACAGGCAAAAGCUUUACGGAAGGCUCGUAGUCGAGGAGUUUCUGGUACCAUGUCUAAAAAAGUCAAAUCAUUUGACGAUCUUGUCGAUAUGGAAGAAGUUGAGGUUGAUUUCUAUUCGUCGGAUGGGUCGGAAAAUCAGGAAUGUGAUGAAACAGAUUCACCACCUUUAGCUAAUGGCAUACAUGAUGGACGAUUUGUUUUUUGGCCAUCAGAAUUAUAA